GGCGGCCAAAACUUCUAGAAUAGAGAUGGACGAUAAAUUGGAUUUUUUAUCCUCAAAGUUCGAUCCAUUGAAAGCCCUAUACAACAGAAACCUUCAACCACCAAUCCUUAACAUAAAAGUAUUCAAUAAUCUGGUAGAAUAUGCAGUUGCAAUCAAAGAGGGAAAGACGAAGUCAACUACAGUAUCCACGAGGAAUAAAGCGCAAAGUGUGAAAUCUUUAGCACCACAUGCUGCCUCUAGAACGAAAAAUCUUAAACCAGAGUACAAACCAGCUGAGAAGGAAGUUCUGCAAGAAAGACUUAAGGCUAUUGCUGAGUCAAAAGCAUGUACCGCCGAGGACAGAAAAACUGGGAUGAAGAUGGGUGGGCGAUUAGAAGACACAAAACUGCGCGAAUUUAUGCUGGCCGAGGAAACCUUUAAAGCACAACAACGAAAGAAGAAACGGAUGGAUGUGAUACAAAAAAUGGAAGAUCUUAGGCAAGGACCUUUCAGAAUACUUCACACUUGUCUUACUGAGAGGCGCAGAAUACAAGUGUGGACAAGGAGAUACAAAGGACUGCGCAGUGUUCUGGCUGGAUACCUUGUUGCUUUUGAUAAACACAUGAAUCUUGCUCUGUUUGAUGUGGAUGAGGUUUACACCUUAGAAGAAAGAGUUGAAAGGCAAGAGUCUCCCGAAAAAACAAAGAAAAAGAAAAAGAGAAUGAAGAAGACGGCAAAUGCUCUGCUAGAAAAUGAAAUAACAGAAGAGAUCAUGAAAAGCGAAUCUGCUGACAGAAACUCCUCUACAAUGUUUGUUAUUGAUUUUCAGGCUAGUACGAAGACGUUCCUGCCUUGUACAAAUGCCAAACCUUCUUCCAAUUGUAGUAAAUCCACCUGCAGCAAUACAGUUGAAUCGGUUUGCGAUGUUUCUAAAGAUGCUUUUGAAGAUUCUUCGUCACCAUCAGCAAAAGCCCUGAGUACAGCUUUACAAACUCCUUUCUUUCAUCCUGUGGAUCAUGCUCACCAAUCUCCUCUCACAACUGAUGAUGAAAAUUCUGCAAGUAAAGAGUCUGAGGAUCUAAAAGAUUCUAAAGGAAGCGAUAAUUCAGUAUCAAAAAAUAAGUCUGAUUUUCAAACGAUAAAAACCCCAACGAGAGGUGUAAGUGUCUGUGUCAAUGGUAACGGAAAGAACGUUCAGAUUGGUAACGAGCAAGAACCCACGCAGACACACAAUUUUGAAUUCAUGACAGAAAUGAGUGGGGAGACAGUAAAGGAAGAACGGCCUUUACAUUGUACCCAUGGAGAGAAACGAAUCGAAAGGACUGAAAACGCUAAUGGAUCUAAUAUUAUGCAAGGAGAGACCCAUUAUAUCGAGGUUCAUGCUAGAAACUUAACAAAAUUGGAGCUUUGCGGAAGUCUCGAAACAGCCCACUGUGGUGAAGCAUCAGUACCAUUUGUGGAAGAUAAGGACUGUGGUGCUAUUAUUGUACGUGACUCUCGCCUUGUGGAUAAUGACACCAUUUUACUUCGUCGGGAAAAUAAUGUGAAACACGACAAAGAGCAAAUUGAACGAGCUGUGGCUGAAAGAAAUUCUCCUAUGACACUCUUGGAGUGCUAUGAAUCAGGGGAAAGUGAAGAGAAUGUAGAGAAACUACAGGGGUCCAUCGAAUGUGUACCACUCUCCUCAAAGAAAGUUGAUGAUUUUAUUGGUUCAGUUAGCAGGGACUCGACUGUAGAUAUUUCAUCUUGUCUGAGCACACGUGAACCAGGUUUGCCGUCUGUAAACGAAACUUGUGGAGCAACGAAAGCGACAGCAGAAAAAGGGAACAAUGCAGAGGCAGUGCACGAACAGGAGGAAAGUGUCUUCGCCGACGAGAAAUUCCAAAAUAGAAAUAUCAUACUUGCUUUAGAUGGUAUCAUUCAAUUGGAGAGUGAAAGUAAAGACUUGGAAUAGGUUAGUCGUGAUGAUUGGACAGGUCCUCUUGGGCAGAUUUCAAGUGGAAGAGAAACUGAUGAAAGUUUGUAUAUGGAUUACAAAGAUACGGAGAAUUGUCAAAAUAUUGAAAAAGGAAAUCCGGUCAACUUCAAAGGUAAUGAGCGCUCUACAGUGAAUAAAGCACCAGAAGGGUUUAGAAGAACAGAAAGUAACUUUGCAUUAAGGUCAGCCCGUCUUCUCGUGGCAAAUGAAGAUACACAAGAGACGACUUCGCACUUUAUUCGUGGGGAUUGUCAUGUUAGCGAGACAUGUUUCACAAGUCAAUCCGUGUGCAUCACCACUACCGAGGCAACUACAUGUAAGGAGAUACCAGCAUUCUCGUCUUUUUCUUCCUCUCUUAUCUACUCCGAUCGAGACUUCCAGCCAAAAGAAAGCAUAUGUAGUACUAGAUUGGAUAGUGUAAGCGAGACUGGAAGUAUCCUCCAGAAUGCGGUAGUAAAAGCCACUCAGCCAGGACCUUUGAAAGCGGACGGUGAAUAUGAUCUUGAAGCCAAAAAGGAUGAACGCCCAUCCCUCAUGUUUUUAAAUCCAUCUGAUUCCACUAUAGGGGAAUUCUCAGAUUCACAAGAAAAUCGAUGCAAUCUUAGGUCUUCUACCGUGGAUAGUAGAGGGGACCCUAUUUCUCCCGCUACUUGUGUUGUGGUUAGUACCGAAGAGGAAAAGAUUGACAAAGAACUACAGCCAGAAACUGUCUCUAACGCCACUUCAGAGUUUUGGAAGACUGACCAUCUGAAAUCCAGUGGCAAAGGUCCGUCUCUACAAUGUGGAGCAAAGCUUGAUCAAAGAAAAAAGGAGGAAGGAGUUUCGUUCGCAAAGAAAACGAAUGAAUUUAAGGAGAUUGAAGAUAAGGAGGAAGGUGAAAUUACUUCCGAGGAAGGUGAAAUUACUUCCGAGGAAGAAGGCGCUUUAGAGGCUCAAAAGCAGAAUGAAGAAGAUAAAGAAGAAGGUGAACUUUCUUCGUCUGACUCCGAUGUAGAGAUUGCUAUCAAAGCUUCUUCACGGGGAACCCAACAAGAGACAGCCCGUCACAAAAAUGAAGUAGGGGAAGGCAAAAAUAAAUUCAGAAGGAAAGAAAAAGAGUUGUGUUUGAUAAGGGGCCAGUUGACGGCUGAAUUACGUGAGAAAUCGUUUAAGGAAAAGUCCAGAGAACCUGGAAAUUCAGGACAUGAGGGAAGAGCUUCUUUGUCUUCUGCUAAAACGUCCGAUUUGCGAGCAAAGUUAAGUCAAAUGAGGAAAAAGCGAUCACUUUUGAGCAGCGGGUCUUCAGGUACUGACACUAAAGCUCAUGAUUACAGUCUUCGUGGAACACAAUCGGCUGCAAAACAAGAAAAAGUUAAACAAGAUGGUUUGAACGCUCUAAAUAAAGCGAACAAGAAGGAUAUUAAACUAAUGGGGUCUUCUCAGACAAAGAGGGAACAUACAGACAACCCUUUAUGAGGAAGCGGGUCUUCUCCUGAUUGUAACCCUCUGAGUAAUGACAGAAGGAGCAAAGUAAAAGGAAGCACUGAAACAGCGAUAGCACGAAGUAGUAGAUCUCAUCAGGAAGUUGAUGAUAUAAAAAGGAAAAUGAGAAGCACAAACUCAAGACGCAAAACUGAGGGUCGUUCUCAGAGCUCCCACUUCAAGUCGAAUAAAACUGAUCCAAACUCUACUCCUCACAUUGAGUCAAAAUGCAAGGAAAACAAAGGUAGUUCAGGUAGUGUUGAAAGUCAUCGAACAAUAGUGAAGGCGAGAAAACCGUCAAUCAUUCAUGGCACGUUAAUAGUGAAGAAUAGCUACAGUAGUGAAGACAAGAAAUUAGCGAAAGAUUCUGAAAUGGUAGUAGGGCAGAAAAUGAAAGCAAGCGCGAGCUCGCAAGUAUCGGUGUCUGGAAGUUUACCUAAACGCGUUACGAUUGAGAAUUCGAAGAAUGAGGGCUCAGCUGGGAAGUGCACUCUUCGAAACAGCGAUUUAAGUGAUCACUUAUCUGAUUCACGUGAUGAGAGAAGCUUGGGACGUCAUUCGGAGAGUGAAACAACAUCGACUCAAGCCAAGGGCAGUAGUGAAAGUGACAUCGACGGCCGAAGGAAGACAAGUUCACAAGCAUUAAUGUCACAACUCAAAGAGCAAAGUAAGUCAAGGGGUAACCUUAAAGUGACAGAUGAGUCAAAAGAAGUGGUAGCUAAUGCUGCGAAACAGCAGUCGCACAGAAAAAAAGGGGUAUUAAAACAGGCUAAGACCACAGUCAAGGUUUCUCCACGAAAUGCGUCUAGAAAGGUUGUUAAAAAUGCGAAUGCGAACGUUACUUCUAAAACCAAAAGGCAACCUGAACAAAGCGAGAUAGGAGGCACUAGGAAGCGAAGGAGAGCUGGCAGUGAAACAGUAUUGCAGCAGGUAAAGAAAUUGCGUCUUGAACCGGAAGACAAAGAUCCUCCAAAAUUACCUGAAGAUGCUUCAACAUUUGAGAUUCCCCGAUCUAAUUUGAAACGUGGCGAAAAUGGUACUAAGAUCGAAAAUCAAAGACCUACUUGCAAGAACAGUCAUUCUGAAAUAAGAAUGGAUGGACAUGACGACCUUGAAAGAACGAAAACCCUGACAUAUAAAGAUGGCUCUCAGAAAAACACUAAUAGACUGCACAGCCCUCAGCUUAAAACAGUUAUAGUAGGUGGUAACAAAUGUUUAGUGUACAAACAUCGUCAUGUUAACCAGUUGUUUCUCAGAGGAGAUAACGUUGUCAUGGUAGCUUACGCAAAGUGAUGCAGACGAUUGGCUUUUACCUUAAAAUGGAAGAAAAUUUAUGAAAUAGGCUUAAAUCAAUUGUGAAUCUAAAUUUCGCCCAGGUAAUAAAUUGUGUUACCUUAUACAUCUUUAACAUAGAAGGCAACGAUAACGUACGCAUAUAAUUUUUUUCACUGUGAGGAGAGGUGAAUGAUUGGGCAACGCAGCAGAUUACACGUUUAUGUUAAGGACCUAAGUUUGCACAAUGUUCAGUGGCAUUAAACCCGUCGCAAUUUGUAAACAUAGAAACAGGGAGUUUCCAACAUAAAAAGCAGCACUGUAGUUUUCGUUGUAGAUUUUUGCUGGCUUUCCCAAUCCUUCACCUCACCAAGAAAACACACACUCUUAAUUGUGAGCAUAAACUGAAUGAACAGACGUUUCUAACCAAGUCAGGAUUAUUUGACACACAGCCAGUGUAAAACUAUUAAAAGGGUCGACAGCUUGAGAACGGGAUGAAUUUACAAGAGAAUACUAAUUUGAAGUGUUUCAGCAAAAGGGUUACCCCAACUCAUAACAAAAAUUUGCCUUAUUGGCCGGAUAUAGUGAGCAUCUGCUAUUGUAACGUGAAACAAAGGUCUUUGGCUGCUAUUUAUUGAUUUCGUAUUUAUUUGCAGAGUCUGAAAGGAAACAGAUCAAACGUUUAUCUCAGUAUCAACAGUAACAAGUAGAAAGUAUUAAACUUUUACAUCGAAAAUGUUAAACGUUAGAGAAGUAA